AUGGGAAAAUCAAGAAGAAGUACACACAAACGUUUGGAAGAAAUGAAACGACUUGCGCUUUUAGAUCCCGAACUUAUACUCGAUGAAGAUGCUAUCUUUAUGUUGCAACCUGCUCGUCGCAAAUACACUCGUCGCCCUAAAUACGAUCUCCCACCUGACGAUCGUCAUACGACAACAGAUAUAUCUGAAGUUAUUGAAAUCAAGCAGGGAGCCGGCCCCGGAAGAAAGCGUCAAAAAAAACAAGAGGACAUCUUUGAUUCUAACGAUUGUAAUGACUCUAAUGAACCGACCCCUGAGGAAAUCAAGGAGCAAAAGGCUUCUGUUGAAAGAAAGAGAAAGGUCGAUUUGAAAUAUCAAUGGUACAAUGUACUUAAAACAUUGUGUACCAGCUACUUGAUCUUUGUUGGCAAGCAAGGUGGCUUGCCAUCCACCGAGAUUGAUUCGCCAGUUGCAUUCGAUUGCCAAUGUAGUGAAAAAGUACUUCUGACAAAGACCGUCAGAAUGUACUUUUUCCAUGCUAUCAAGGAUGUAUCAGUCUGUUACUGCAGCUGUAAGCCCUUGGCAGAAGCAUUAAUGUUGAUGGGUAUGUUUCCUUCUUCUCCCUCAAGCCCCAAAAGUGCAAUCCACUUGGGUUUGUUGGGCUUCUUUAAUGAAGUUCGAAACACCCUGAAGUCUUCUUCUGAGGGUAUUGCGAAGUUGUACAACAACUUAAGGGGAAACCCCGUCCAGAGUUGUUUGUCAGCUAAUAUAUGCAGAAAUGUACUAUACAUGUACAACCGACUUCUUUUGGCCGCCGAUAAAGAGGUCAAUCAACGAACAGAUUUGAAAGACCUGGCAAUGUGCUGUCCUGCUUGUCCCAGUAGGGACUCCAAUCAUCCUAUGGAUCGCAUUUUCAUCACUAUGGAUGGAUGUUUUAGUAUGAAAUGUAAGUCGAAAGCAAGUCUUCUUGAUGAAUUAUUUACGAUUGAUACUGUGGAGAACGCAUGGGUGAAGCCUGAAUCUGUUGAGCUCUAUAAAAAGGAAAAACCACCAAAAGAUGCUCUUUUAAACGAAAACUCAUUCAGAGCUGCAGGUAAUGGCGCUUCAUAUAAGUCCAAACUGUAUCCCGUGAAAGGACUUUUUGCUGCUUCGUGUGCGCGCCAUGACCUCACCCUAAAGAUGGUGGAUAUGGAUAGUGGUGAAGGAUUUAAAUAUCCACUAUCUGUUCUCCACGACUUGUUUCAAGAAGACAAGGACAGCAUUAAGACGCCAGUAAACUUGAUGUACGACAUCAUUUGUGUCUUGGAGAAGUCGUUGACGACUCACUUCCCGUACUUGACUGCUAACGGCACUCUUGCACUCCCCGUUUUUCAUGCUUAUGCGCAUGUUAUUAGCUGUCAGUCCAGCUUUAAUCCUAAAAACAUUGAAUCGUACGGCAGGACUGACGGCGAGGCAUCGGAACGUUUAUGGUCUUCACUCAGACCAUUCGUCACCAUUACACGUCCGAUGUCUCAGGCCAACAGAAGGCUGACUCUUACGUUGGCCAUCCGCCAUCGUAACAUGGAAAAAAAAUGGGGAAUGGCAAGUGUCUUGUACGGGAAGUACAAAAGUACGAAGAAGAUCCUGGCGGCAGGAUUAGUGAAGUUGAAGGGUGUGAACCAGGAGGAGAUUUCGUUGGCUUGGGAGAGGCAUCUGGCGUUGACUCGAAGCGGCAAGUCGUGCAGCAAAAUCUGGAGUGAUUUGCCACCAUCAUUGGGAUCUGUAACAAGAUUUUAUCUUUUGGAGUCGAUCUUGUUCAGAUUUAGAGUUAAAAUGUAUGAGAACUCUACCGGUACCAGUAAUGCAGCCAUUGACAGAUUAGAUGGUGUAUUAACGGUAUCGGCCAGUGAUGGUAGUAUCAAGGUAGCUGGGGAGACCUUCUUCAUGCAACAAAUUAAAGAUAUCGAGAAGAAGCAGGAGAAGGUCCUUGAUGAAAUUAGGCAAACAAUACCUAAUUUCGUCCCCCACGCCUAUGCCGACUUGUCCGCUGAAACUGCCCAGCUCUCCCUUGGCUUGUGGGAGGAUUUCGUCCAACGAAAAAAGUUGCUUUUCAAGGAUGCUAUGCGAGCCAACCUGCAAGCUUACAAGUUUACCACCAACUUGAUGUUCAAAUCUGGACAUAUUGGUACAAAGCUUGCAGGUCAACAUGGCAAGGCCCUUGGAAAGCAACGAAAACUCCUGGAUGACCUGCUGGACAUCUACAACCAGGAAUUCCAGGAAGGUAUAACUGCAGCUACCUUCCUGGAUGGAAAUAGCCCAUUUUGGGGGAUCGAUCUCCACCCCAAGACUGAACCAUGGUUGUGCGUGAGGAACGCUAACGAGGAACUUAAGCUCUUAAAGCGUGAAGCGCACAACCUAUUCUCCAAUAUAGAGGUGGAGAUCGAGGAACUCACAAGGGCAAAGCGUUGGGCUGCUGAAGAUUUCGAGAGAACGGGUGUUGCGGAGGAGAAGGGGAUCUCGGAGGGUGUAAAAACUUUAUUGGAAAGACAGCUGGAACAGAGCAAUAAAUGGAAAAGUCACUCAAUGCGAUACUUGGUGCUGCUUGGAGUCAGCCCUCCUAUCAAUUUUGCUUCUGAACCCCAGUCUGACACUGCCAACCUCCUUGAUCCUACCGUUGAUUUUGAAGGUGAUGAUGUUGUUGAGGAUGAAGAAGACUUGGUGCUGGUUUCUGAAGGUGAAGAGGAGGAUGAAGAUGAUGGGGAAGAAGACAUGGAAGAGAGUGAAAGUAGAGAAGAAAAUGAAAACCAAUAA